AUGCAUCCAUCAGCUGGUGUCAACAACAACCAACAUUUGAACCACCAGCCAUACCAGCAGAUGUCGCACUACAAUGCCCAACAAAUGCAUCAACAACAAUUACACCAUCAGUUGAUGACCCCAAACCCAUACCAACAACAUUUCCAACAACAAAUGCACCCUCAAUUACACCACGAGGACCAUUUGAAUAUGCAUUUCAACCCAAUGUCCUAUCCACAACAACAACAGCAGCAACAGCAGCAGCAACAACAACAACAACAACAUUUGCACCAUUUCGGUCACCAAAUUCCAGCCCCCCCUGCUCAACAAGGCCCAACACCUCAGCAGCCACAUUUGCAUCAACAAAUUCCUCAUCCAUUAUCACACCACCAAACUCCCCAACCAACACCACAACCUUUGGCUCAGCAACAACUGCCUCAACCAGCAAGACAACCACGUCAAACCAAGAAACAAAAACAACAAGCACAAAACCAAGACCAAGCUGACGCUCAAUCACAAGCCCAACAGCACCAUAUGGCUAUGAUGGCUCGUGCUAACCAAAACGAUAUGUUGGAAUCGUCGACCAGAAAAGUCGCACCUAGAUCUAGCGAUUUGUUCCGUGUUGGGCCUCCAUUUUCCAUCAGCAAACAACACCAGCCAGUAUAUUGUGUGGGGACCGAUAUGCCAGUGACACCAUUGUUGCAUGCCCGUAUUGAUAGAGGGUUUGAGAUGGGCGAAACCGGUUCUUGGAUUGGCUAUAAGCGUAACUACUUUACCUUGGUUGCAUCGUUUACAUUGCAAGACUUCGAUUUUGAAAAGUUCAUCGGCAACAAGUUCUACACUUACGACAAGGUCAACAACAAGGUUAAUGGUUUCCCACCUCAUCACCCUAGCCACCCACAAAACCAGCCCCAAAACCAUCCCGGCCAUCCACACCACAACCAACACGCUGGCGAACUGAGAGUUCCAAUUAGUUAUUUUGCAAUUAGGUUAGUGGCCAAGUGUUCUGAUGAAGAUGUUGCCAUCUCCUUGAUCCAGCACACUGCUAAAAGAGAUAAAGGUCCACAGUUCCCACCACCAAUCUACCCUGCAGUUCCUUCAGAGUUGCCUGACCACGAGACUGUCAAAGUAAGUUGUAACAAACGUAACAACAACAAGAUCGAAACUAUGAAUAAAAUCUUUUACUUUGAUAGGGGAAACUACUACCAAGAGUACAAUUUGGAUAGCUACAAGGACCAGUCGAUAUUGAAAAGCUACCCUAGUCAAUCCAUUUCCAAGGUGGCUAGAUUCGAAAGAAUCCAAUUCACCAGCUCUAUUAGAGUUAAAAGCACCAACACAACUGCUAGAUACUUUACCUUGCAUGUCGAAUUAUUGGGUAUAAUCGAGGACGAGGACUUGCAGAUCCAACCAAUCUUAUUGAGUUCAAUUGAAUCACCGCCUUUAAUUGUCAGAGGCAGAUCUCCGUCAAGCUACCACAAAGAUAGAACUUCUGGGUAUAGGGCUACAAACACCCCAACCCCUACUCCUCCACAGUAA